CGGCAGGCGGGCGAGCCCGCAGCGAGACGGAGCCGGCCCUGGUCUCAGCCGUGGCCCUGGCGGGCGGUGGGGACUCGACCCCGGGCGGCAGCGGCAUGUCGGGCCAGAGCGCGGUGAGCGACCCCCAGCACGCCGCGCGCCUGCUGCGGGCCCUCAGCUCCUUCCGCGAGGAGAGCCGCUUCUGCGACGCGCACCUGGUGCUGGAGGGCGAGGAGAUCCCGGUGCAGAAGAACAUCCUGGCGGCAGCCAGCCCCUACAUCAGAACAAAAUUGAACUAUAAUCCUCCAAAGGAUGAUGGAUCUACAUAUAAGAUUGAACUUGAAGGGAUAUCUGUCGAAAUCAUGAGAGAAAUACUGGAUUACAUCUUCAGUGGGCAGAUCAGGCUAAAUGAAGACACUAUCCAAGAUGUUCUGCAGGCAGCUGAUCUCCUGCUUCUUACAGAUCUUAAAACCCUCUGCUGUGAGUUUUUAGAAGGUUGUAUAGCUGCUGAGAACUGUAUUGGUAUUCGUGACUUUGCACUGCACUAUUGUUUGCGUCAUGUUUAUUACCUUGCCUCGGAGUAUCUGGAAACUCACUUCCGAGAUGUCAGCAGCACAGAGGAGUUCCUGGAACUGAGUCCCCAAAAACUGAAAGAAGUGCUAUCCUUGGAAAAGCUGAAUGUUGGAAAUGAAAGAUAUGUAUUUGAAGCAGUAAUUAGAUGGAUCUCCCACGAUUCAGAAUUAAGAAAGGUUCACCUGAAGGAUGUCAUGUCAGCAGUGUGGGUUUCAGGAUUAGAUUCAACUUAUUUGCGUGAACAGAUGAUGAGUGAACCACUGGUACGGGAGAUUGUCAAAGAAUGUAACAACAUUCCACUCACUCCACCACAGCAGGGGGAGGCAAUGUUGGCUUCUUUCAAACCCAGAGGUUAUUCCGAGUGUAUAGUGACUGUUGGUGGUGAAGAAAGAGUGUCACGGAAACCAACAGCUGUGAUGCGAUGCAUGUGCCCUCUUUAUGAUCCUAAUAGGCAACUCUGGAUUGAACUUGCCCCUAUGAGUAUUCCAAGAAUCAACCAUGGAGUACUCUCGGCAGAAGGAUCUUUGUUCGUACUUGGAGGUCAAGAUGAAAAUAAGGAAACUCUGAGCUCUGGAGAAAAAUAUGAUCCUGAUACCAAUUCAUGGAGUUCCUUGCCACCAAUGAAUGAGGCACGACAUAAUUUUGGUUUGGUAGAGAUUGAUGGAAUUCUGUAUAUUCUGGGAGGUGAGGAUAGAGAAAGGGAGCUACGCUCUAUGGAGUGCUAUGACAUUUAUAACAAGACUUGGACCAAGCAGCCAGAUCUGACCAUGGUUAGAAAGAUUGGCUGCUAUGCAACUAUGAAGAAGAAAAUCUAUGCCAUGGGUGGAGGCUCCUAUGGAAAACUGUUUGAAUCUGUUGAGUGUUACGACCCUAGGACUCAGCAAUGGACAGCAAUCUGUCCACUAAAAGAGAGAAGAUUUGGGGCAGUGGCAUGUGGAGUUGCCUCAGAGCUUUAUGUGUUUGGUGGAGUCAGAAGUCGUGAUGAUAAUCAGGCCAGUGAGAUGGUGACAUGCAAAUCUGAAUUUUAUCAUGAUGAGUUUAAAAGGUGGAUUUAUCUAAAUGAUCAGAACUUAUGCAUCCCAGCCAGUUCUUCCUUUGUGUAUGGAGCUGUACCUAUUGGGGCCAGUAUUUAUGUCAUUGGAGAUCUUGAUACAGGUACCAAUUAUGACUACGUUAGAGAGUUUAAAAGGAGCACAGGAACUUGGCACCAUACUAAACCAUUAUUUCCAUCAGACCUUCGCCGCACUGGCUGCGCAGCCUUGCGGAUUGCAAACUGCAAGCUUUUCCGACUGCAGCUUCAGCAAGGAUUGUUCCGUAUUCGUGUUCCUUCCCCAUGAGUAGUCCUCUAAAAAUGGCGGAGAUGGGAAGAACCUGACACAAUCCACCAUAACAUAGCUUUAUAUAAGGAAAAACAAAGCUAUUGCAACUGAAACUUACAUUAUAUGCUGUGCUUUGGUAUGGUAUCUGUUUUUGUUUGUUUUAAAAUGCUUGAAAACUUGAGUCUCAGCUCUUGUUUGGGGGAUAAAUAGCUGUAUAUUAAACAAAAAAAAUACCAUGACAAAGGGAACACCUUCAGUUCUAACUAUCUAAAAAAUUAAACUACACUAAUGAAGGAGUUCCUUGUGUCUGAAGCAGGAAGGAAUGGGUAAUAUAACAAAUUGUAUUGAAAAGUAAAAAAAAAAAUUAAGGUGCAUUUCCCCUGAGGGGAAUUGAUAAGAGUUAGCAUGCUAUCUUCAACUGGAUAGCUUUAGUACAUAGAUACGCUGUAUGAAAACCAAUCUCUCUGGUAUAGUGCAAGACUGUUCUUCAUCUGAAUCAGCUGGAGGGAGAUAUUGGUUAUUGCACCUUUAUUUCUAGCCCUUUCUCACUAGUCAAGGCCUGUGCCUGCAAUGGUGGAGGUGUAUAUAUGUUUUUCAUUCAUUUCCGAUGUUUUCAUUCCUAAGGAUCUUUUAAAUAUAUUUAAAAUUGAACUAAGAGUUACAAUAUAUUAUAAAUGUGUAAAUUGUUUUUCUACACUGUGUCAUUCAAAUGGUCUAAAGAUUCCGUGUAUUGGUGGGCCAGCAUGCAUUCUUUGUGUGGAUUUUGGAAGCUGCAAUUACUGAAAUAGAGGGAAGGACUGAGGCGUGGAAUAUGUCACACCUUUACUGUGGCUGGUAAAGGAAUGCAGCACAAAUUGCUUUUCAGAGAGAAACAGGACUCCUUUUCCCUUCAGAUGACUUAAAAAUCACUGCAAGUUUGCCUUGCUGAGGACGUGUAUUUGUGCAAAAGGGGAGAAGGAAAGGUGGGGCAUUAAAAAGGAUAUAUAUGUAUUGUGGAAAACUUGAUUUCAGGUUCCUGUUUUAAAGGAAAUUGUACAGGUAACUUAUAUUGGGAUCAGAAGCUGGUUUACUAAUGAUCUCUGUGCUAAGGUACAGAGUCUUGAUUACUGUUGUUUGGCUUUGAAAGCUUGUUUUAGAAUGCAGUUGUAGUGAAGAAUUUGUUUUAUGGCUUUUUCCUUGUAAGUCUUGUUAACACUGCGAGUAAUAUUUAAUUGCGUAAUGUUAGUAGAAAAGAUCUGCUGGUAGAACACACUUUACCUCAUUACUUAAUUUCAUUUUUGUUACUUGUGAUGGGGUGACACACAACACUAGGGGGAAAAAAAAGAAAAAGAAUAAAAAAAUGGAGCUGGGAAUGCAGUUGAAACUUAUCCUUAUCUCCACCCUAAAGAUUCUUCUAAUACUUUUUAGUCUUGCUGGUACUGUUAUAAGACACUGUUCUUUCCACUCUGAAACUUUGAAGGACCUCAACCAAAAAUCAGUGGGCCAGGUUUUGUCCUCAGUUAUACACGUAUAAAUCCAGAUUAACUCCUUUGAUCCAUUCUAAGUAAUCUUCUCAAAUAAAGACCACAACUAGAACAAAAUAGCUAGGGUUCAACUAUCUAAAUUUUCCUUAAUGAAACAUUCCAAGACUUACUAAUUUUCAUCAUCAUUCUAUAAUGGUAACAGAAUAAUCCAGUUAAAUCAAUAACUGCAGGUAGAAUUUAGCCCCUUGAUUUUUGUAAUGCUGAAGUGCUGCAGAAUCUGAACUAUAUACAGUAACCUAUUCUUAAUCAGUAUAUUUUUAAUAGUUUUUUACACAUUGUAGUAGAAGUUUACUUGACUUAGUAUUUGUCUUUAGAUUUGUUAUAUUAUGCUUUAUUACAAAAAUGUAAACUGCUGUUUCCAUCUUUAGAUUUUGUGUUGAAAAAGUUCUGUAAAGAUUCCCAUUUUUUAUAAUUUAAAGUCUUAAGAUAAAAUGUUCAAAAUCACAUAAGUUCUGUUUUCAAAAGUAAUAUAGUCAUUUAGGAGCCUAAGGCCCUGGUCUUCAUUUAAAAUCAGAUCAACCCAGCUACAUUGCAUAGUGGUGCUGUAAAAAAUUGUGUGCACGGUACAACAUAGUUAGGUUGGCCUAACCCCAGGUGUAGACACAGCUUGGUCAACAGAAGAGCUUUCUGGUGACCUGCCUAGUGCCUCUCAAAGACGUAGAUUAACUAUAUUCACUGAAAAACCCCGUCUAUUGAUAUGGGAAGCAUCCACGCUACAGCGGCCAGAACUAUACUGCUAUAGCGGCUGUGUGUAGACAUGCUCUAAGUCUAAAGAGCCUAAGUACCCAAGUCACUUUGAAAAUGAAUUUUGGCUCCUAAGUAAUGUAGAUGCUUUUGAAAACUUUAUCUAAUAUCUUGCAAGAAGUACCUCCUGAAAACUGAAGUUAGUGAGAGCUAAUGGCAUUCAUCGCCCAGCAAAACUGGGUAGUAAAUGCACAAAAUAAAUUUAAAUAAAUCCCAAAUUCUGUGUGCUCUGGCCAUGUUUUAUGGCAAAAGUUAAUAAGUAAAAUGUUAGUUUACAUUUAACGAGGUAAAGAAGGAUUAACAUUAGGGUUAUUUUUGCAUUUUCUAAAAAAGGAAAAUAAAUAAAAUCCAUCGUCUUGUGUAGCUAAAAUACUCUUUUGGAUUUGACAGAGGAGUGUAAGCCACUUAUUCUGAAACACCUACACACGUUUAACUUUAAGCAUGUGAAUAGUUCUAUGAGCUACUGCAGGAUUGGGGCCUAAAUUCUUUGAACCAAUAAUUGUACAUUUAAGUGUAAAGCUAACUAACUUUCUUGUACACAGUGCAUGCCUUAAGGAAAAUAUCUAUCAUGCAUGCUUAGUAUGCAGUUUUUAAAUGGUUGUGUCUUGAAUCAAAAGUAUUUUUUGUAAAAUCAAAGGCCUUGGUGAGAAUUGUUUGGGUCAAGUUUCAAACUUCAGCCAUUUUUGUUUUAGCCCAAUCUUUUUUUUUUUUUUUUUUUUUACGUGAGAAUAGUGGUGACUUGUGUUUCUUUCCCUUAGGUUGAACUUUACAAUAAAUAAAUAAAAAAAGAGGAUUUUGUUCACUUUACCC